CAAUGAGAGGGGAGCGCGGGGGGAAAGUCCGACCCAGCAUAAACAGAGUCGUGCUUACGCCGAGCCUGGAGAGGAGCAAGCUCGGGGCGCGGGAGAGGCUCGUUGCGCUCCCGCUGGGACCCGCCUCGCUGCGUUCUCGGGCCCGCCGGCGGAGUUCUGAGAAGGAUCAUCAUCAUGAGUUCCAUGGAAGAAGUGGAAACUGAAGAGACAGUAACUUGUCUCCAUAUAACUUUGUACCAUCCUUGCCAGGAAGAAAAGCAGGUGUUUCGCAGCUUAAAAUUCCAAAAGCGAGAGCGGUGCAGGGUAGAUGAAGUGGCAAAAUUUGGCCGAGAUUCUAACAUCUGCCAUUAUAAUUUAAUGGAUACCCGUGUUUCCCGGGUUCAGUUUACCCUGCAGUUUUUCAGGCAACUCAACAGCUCAGAACUUGGUUUUGAGAUAAAGAACAUGAGCAAAAAGACAAAGCUAAUUGUAGACAAUGUGGAACUGGACUACCUAAACAAAAUUGACCUGCCAUGGAAAUGUAUCAUUCGCUUUGGAGACUACCAACUCUUAAUGCAAAGACAAGAUGGGCAAUCAGUGGAUUAUUUUGAGACUUGCUUUGAGUUGGCCCAAGCUUCACUUUUGCAAGAGAGACACCUGCCUUCCCUGCAGCCCAUACCAGAGUGUGGUAUUUUUCCUUCUUUGGUCUAUUCCCAAGAAGUAAAACCAGUAGAGAUGGAUGAAAAUGAUUUGUGAUAGAAGGGAGAAGGUUGCUUUCAACAGUGUCCAAUAUCUAAUUCAGUAUGACUUCAGAGGACCAAAUCUUAUCUCCUCAGCAGACUGCAUUUGUUUUGCUUUCCAUAGUUGCCACUACUGUGUUCUUCCUCUGUUGCACACUGUUUAAAUAUAUCAGAACUUACUCAUUUACAAAUGUCAUUAGUCCUGCAUCAUCUUUAAUGUCCAUCCUGUCUUCUCCCUGCCACUGUUAUCACCUUCUAUGUUUGUCUGUGGUAAACCCCAAUCAGAGUUAGUGGAUCUUUGCAUGGACAUAAAGGCCCAUGGUAGCAGAUCCAAUUGUAGGAUUGGGGCCAUAGAUCAUAAGCCCUUUCAGACAGGGUGUAUCUGCCCUAUAGUGCCACUAUUUGGCCAAGUGUCCUGUAGAUGCUCCCUCACUUUCCCCACAUGUGCUAUCAGUAAGUUUAAAUGAGGCUUUAUUUAAGGAAUAGCAGCCCUCUGAGGGGGUCUAGUUUAUUAACUGGAGCUCCACUGAAAAUGCAUCCAAACCUUCACCCCAGUGUCUUAGCUAGGAGACUAUCAGUCUUAAUUUAUCCAUCCCACCUGAGUCCACCAGUCCACUUCAGCAGUUCUCUCUGUUCAGGCUUCUUACCACUAUCUGGGAAGAAUUUUCUCCAGAGUCAGAUGUGUCAGCUGUAGCUCUUCUCUAUACCAGUAUGUAGUUUGACAGCCUUUAGUUGGGCAUUCCCUGUGUCUAGGAGUGCACCUUCUAGGCUCCUGGCUCUGAACUUCCUGUCUCUAGAAACCACCUCAGCUGGUAACCCUUUGUCAGGCUUAUUAGCUAAUUAGUUGUCAACUAGGCACAUAGGGAUUUCAUUACCUCCAGGUGGAUUUGAGUUGACUUGUUCUCCAAUUCAGGAUCUUGUCACAGGUAGGCUGGUCUCUGACUCUCCUGAAAGGGCCAGCCCCAGUAACAUAGGAUCUCCCUCUAUAUUUCUGUUUAAUUAUCUCUGUAAAACACAGUGCAAAGUUCUGGCUUUAUAAAUAAACCACAAAUGGCCAGGAUUAAUAUGCAAACUUGUUAUAUUGCAUUAUUAACUUUGAUACUGAAGUGCAAUCUGUAUUCAGACUGAGAUCCAUUUUCAACCCUAACUUUUAUGUUAGGGUUGAAAAUGAAACUCUGAAACUUUUUUAAUCAUAUUUUGUGAAAAUAGAGCUAUUUAAUUGGUAUAUUUAGCCUCACAGAUACUAAGGUCAGAAGGGACCAUUAUCAUCAUCUAGUCCGACCUCCUGCACAACGCAGGCCACAUAAUUUCAUCCACCCACUCCUGCGAUAAACCUCUCACCUAUGUCUGAGCUAUUGAAGUCCUCAAGUCAUGGUUUAAAGACUUUAAGGAGCAGAGAAUCUUCCAGUAAGUGACCCAUGCCCCAUGUUACAGAGGAAGGCGAAAAACCUUCAGGGCCUCUUCCAAUCUGCCCUGGAGGAAAAUUCCUUCCUGACCCCAGAUAUGGCCAUCAGCUAAAUCCUGAGCAUAUGGGCAAGAUUCACCAGCCAGAUACCCAGGUAAGAAUUUUCUGUAGCCUCACAAACAUAAUUUUUCUUCUAAUCCUAAAGUGAUCAGAAUGUGCAAUAAUAAAAAUGCUAUUACAUCUUCAAAGUUGUGAGUAUAAAUAAAAUAAUGUGAAUGUCCAGUUGAGGUUUUAUUAAAAACAUUUGUACACCUUAUAA